CACUCUACUAGUCAGAAUCCACAGCGGGCUGGGGAAGGAAUAAAUAUGGCGGAUCUGAGCCAGGCAGGGGCUUAAGGGACUAGAUAACAAAACCAGAGAAUCUUGGCUACGGGAAGAAAGAAGGAAAGCAAAAUCGUGCUGUUUCUUUUCUCCCCCCCGCCCCCGUCUUCUGAAAUGUGCGUGAGCAUCCCGACAUGGAGCCUGUCCCCUCUCAUUAGGCUAUAAAUGGAUUUCUGUUCCAGUAUCAGUUUGGUUCCGUUUGGACUGCUCGAUGCCUUUUAAAAAACAGUAUUUAUAGGCAGGUCUAUAUUACACUCAUAACUAUUUAACAAAGAAGACGGAAUACGAAGAGUAUGGGAUAUAAGAAAGUACAGUAUUCAGAGCAAGGAAAUUCUUUGGAAGGAAAUGUCUGUGGUCAGCCUUCCCCAGGACACUGUUCAGAUUUGUGGAAUUUAUUAAAGACUCCAACAUCGACAAAGUCAUUUGAGUGGAUGAAGGAGUGUAGCAUGACCUGCAUGCUUCGACUGAGCAAAUAAUGGAUGUGAUGUCGAAUUUUGGAUUAAAAAUACAACUUGAACCAUGUGGUCUUAGAUACAAAUUUGUUUUUUAUAAAUGAAGAUAUUCAUGAUGCUGAGUCCAGUUCUUCUGCAGAUCCCGGGUGCAGCAAUGGAUCGUGUUAGCCUGCUUUGGCGAUUGAGACGUCGAGCCCGUCGAGGGGUUUUGUGCAUGGCCCUAUUUUGCAUGGCUAUGGCUGUACUUUAUACAUUGUGUGCUGAGAACAGUGUACCAGUCACUGAUGCCAUCUUUGGGGUGAGGGCACGGACUCGGGCACAACCAAGGGCACAUGCCAUUGAAAAGGUGCUUCGGAGAGCAGGCGGAUCAAAACCGAUAUAUGUGGACCCUCAAAAACUCCCAGGUGUUAUUCCCGGAGAUCCUCAAAAGCCUAUUCCUGUCCUCUCAUCCUUGAACUACUCGAUGGAAGCAAGUCAAAAGGAACAGCACUCAGGAAGCAAAGAAAGGGAGCGACAUGGGUUUCUUGCCUGGAUAUGGGACAAACCAUUAGGGCGUGCAUUCGAGACUAUUCUAGGCGGUCAAAGAAAAGUAGACCCAGCCAGCCAGAAAAUGGAAGAUUUCUUUGUCACCAAGGGGGAGCUUGGAGCAGUCUGGAAUGACGAGAUGUCCAGUAGCAUGCUGGGCCCUAGGCUGAAGAAGGUGGUGCAGAACUAUCAGGCGAUGAAUAAAUAUGGCGUGAAUUUCUCCAGCUCAGAUGGUAGGAAAAGACAACGAAAACUGAGUGGUCCAGAGCUCUUGUGCCAACUCAAAGAGAUGGUGAAAACCACCACAUUAACACCAGAGAUGGAGCCAUUUGCUAAAUUUCCCUGGGCCUCCCAGCUGCCUGCACAACCCCUGACCUCUACACUUGGCCCAUUUAAAACAUGUGCUGUUGUGUCGUCUGCAGGUUCUCUGCGAAACUCUGGAUUAGGGAAAGAGAUUGGUGUGUAUGUUUUUAACUUAUAUGCCCAUGAUGCAGUGGUCCGAUUCAAUGCUGCACCCACAGCGGGCUUUGAGAAAGAUGUGGGCUCUAAAACUACAGUGCGCCUCAUCAAUUCUCAGGUGAUGGCAUCAGAUGAUCACCACUUCCUGUCCAGUUCUUUAUACAGCAGUGGAAUUUUAGUGGCUUGGGAUCCUGCCCCUUUCUCCUCUGACCUAAAUGAGGUUUGCCGUCCAAACGAGAUCACAUGGGAUUACCUUUCACAGUGGUAUAACAAGACUGAUUAUCCAAUAUUUAAACAAUAUCAACGGUACAGACGGCUACACCCUCAACAACCGUUUUAUAUCCUACAUCCCAGCAUGGAAUGGGAGAUAUGGAAACAGCUACAAAGCAACAUGGCUGAGCCUAUUCAGAAGAACCCACCUUCCUCAGGCCUACUAGGGACAAUACUAAUGAUGUCAAUCUGUGACGUGGUCCAUGUCUAUGAAUUCCUGCCAUCACGGCGCAGAACUGAGCUCUGCCAUUACUAUCAGAACUUCAAAGACACAGCCUGCACCAUGGGUGCCUACCACCCUCUGCUCUAUGAGAAGAACCUGGUCAAGAGGAUGAACCAGGGUUCUGACAAAGACCUCUACAAUCUUGGCAAGGUGACUCUGCCUGGAUUUAACGUCUUUAACUGUAUGCAGACUUCCAACUCUUCGACUUCAAAGGCAUAAAUGAAAGACUGUGUUCAACUUAGCAUUCAGAAUGCAACUGAAUUAUUUAUUGCAUGACUCGAUGUAUGACUACUGCAGCUUAUUUUUUUUAGAAAAACUAUGCCAGUGUCUCACAAGCUGGCUCCUUCUCCAUAAGCUGUGAAUGUUUUUGGUUGUAAGCUAUUUGUUAAUGAGAUGGCUUGAAUACCUAAAGAGCACUUAUUUGCCAUCACCAGUCCACACUCUCAGAAAACAAAGUACAUCAUUGUACCUUUAGGGGUACAAUGGCACGUCACUGGGGCAGUACCCUCUAAGGUACUUAUGUAUGCCAUUUAUAUACUGGUUGGGAACAUGUGUACCUUUUUGGCCCUAAAAAGGUACACAUGGUUACCUUGAAGUCCAAUAAUGAGCCCUAGGGGGUACGUUAGUGUAGAUUGUACCUUGGAGGACAGAAAUGGACUCCUGCUGUACCCCUAUUUCUGACAGUGCAGAGGAUGGUAAAUCUGAGUGCCAAAUAUAUCACAUGGAUACCAGGUAUUGUCUCUUAGUGGAGUAGUUAGAACUCAGUUUCCAGUUUAUUAGUUAAAUCUACCAAGUAAAAGAGAUAUGCUUUGUGCCUAUGUUACUGACUGUAGCUCAUUUGUCACUAUGCAUUAGUUGUCAGCCCCAAUUGAUCAGUGGAAAGAGAUUACUGUAGGACAGCACUGACCGGAUAUUAUUUGGGUGGUUGUCCAAUAUUUUUUUAAGCACAGCAGUGACAAAGUGUGGUGUUGGCACAAGUGUGGGUUUUUUAAAAUUUAUUUAUUUGUUAAUAAAACACACCCUUUAAAGUGAUCAUCUAGUGAUGCCUUUCCCUUGUAGUAAGGAAAUCCAAUAUAUGUUUACCUAAUAAAAUUGCAAACGUGGGGUUGAGGAUAUAAAUUCAGGGAAAACAGUAGCAAGAUGGAACAUUUAACUUAUUUGAUGUACUCCAAUACGUGUUCACAUUUGAUGCAGAUGUCCAAAGGGAGUUUAUGUUGGACAAAAAAGGAACAAGUGAGCUUACGUUAAAAAAAAUUUCCAUGUAAUAGCCGAACGAUUUGGAUAUGCAGUCCUGGACCAAAGUUAGAGAUUACUCCUUUUGUUUUCAAUCAAAUGGCCAUUCAGCACUUAUUUGGUGGUAAACAAUGGUGUGAAAAUGUACAGUACAUUGGCGAAGCCCCAGAACUCCUCACCUGUGCCUGACCUCACUAAUGCUCUUCUGGCUGAAUUGGCAAAUCCCCUAAGCCAUGCUCCAAAAUCUAGUGGAAAGUCUUCCCAGAAGAGUGGAGGUUAUUAUAACAGCAAAGAGGGGCCUAAAUCUGGAAUAGGAUGUUCAAAAAGCACAAAUGGUUAUAACUGACGGGUGUCCAAAGAUGUUUGACCAUAGUAUAUUUAUGCAGGUCUAUACUGAAGUGUAAUAUUACAAACAAAAUGAAGACCUGUGUAAUUUUGAUUGAAAAAUUAAAAGGAUGCUCUGACUUUUGCACAGUACUGCAUCUGACAAUCUAGUAUGCAAUUUGACUGGAUAUAAGAAUGUGCAAGUUAUUUCCAAUGGAGGCAACAUUACAAAUGCAUAGAGAACUGAUGUCCACUUUCUCUAACAGCCUGUUAAUAUAAACAAAGCUUAUUUAUUUAAUAUGCAUACAAUCUUCUAUGAUGUCUCUUUAAAAGCCCCAAGUCAAGGCAAGGUUUUAAUGUGUGUAUUUGCAUUUGUUUAUUGCACUGUGAGGCUUUAUACCAACAAAAAUAAUGCUCAGCCUAAUUCUUUACAGAAUGUUCUUGCAUGCAUAGCUUAAAUUGCACUGCACCCUAACUUUGAGAAACUUCAGGUUCAUUCUUUGUGUUAUUCUUACAAAAAGAUAUUUGCUGAACAUGCAUGAAAGUUUGGUUUUGUUGCCAAAAUGAAGACUAGUUUUCAUUUGUGUGUCAUAGCAAGUCUGAUUUCUGGUUAUUGACUUAUGAAAUCGCCUUGAGCAUCAUCUGCAUUUUGAUGAGGUGUCCGUCUCAUGUAAAAACUACACUGCAAGAUCAGUGUAAAAGAGAGCUAUGCACAUUUCAUUCCCACUAAAGAAAAUGACAAAAGUAUAUUUAUGUAUAUUAUGUACAUUUUCUCAUUUGUAGAAUUAGGUCUGUAAUUUUUUUUUCUUUCUCUGUACAGUGUUAUUUAAAUAUUUUCUCGGCAGACACAGUAGGCAUUUAAGUACCAAAGCUGUUAUGCAUGUGACUCAAUUUCUAUGGGUCCAUGAACCCAAUGUUGAGGAGGAAAAAAUUAGCAUGUACACCAUAAGUUAAACUGUAAAAUGAGUUUGAGAUGUUUGUUGGUUUUACAUGUCACUUUUUGUUCAUUUAUAACUGAGUGUAUGAGGAUUAAUCAAGACGCUAUCAUUUUAUUUUACUUUUCCAUCGUUUAUACAAUUUUUUGUCCUCUACACAAGUUUCAGAGAAAAAGAUGAACAAUGACUAUAUAUAAAUAUUCUGUACAUAUUGAUUCUAUUCCUAAUUCUACUUGGAUUUUAAGAUGCAGUACUGUAGUGCAUGAUGGCAGUUGAUAUUUGUAUUUAAACAAAAUGGCAAAAUUGAUGCAAUAGGUUAUGAAAUUAUUCUGAACCUGAGUCUGAACAUCUACUAAAAGCACACAUUGUUACAGUGCACAUGUGAAUUUGAGCUAAAUAACUAUAAUGUAUAUGAGUAUGUACUCAAGUGUUAAAAUACAGUGGCAGUCUGCCACUUCUGUCUCUUCCACAAAAACCAUUUUAGGCGUUUUGUUGGGGGGGGGGUUAAAUCUCACUGCCUUCCAUAGACAAAACUACCUUUAGUAUCUGUUUCACAAUCACUGCACCUUGGUUGUGAUGACCAAGAAAUGUACAAUUAAACCUCUUAACAUUUCAAGCUUUCUGUAAUCUCUAAUGCAAGCUUUUUUGGGGGCACAGUCUUUAGGUCUUUACACAUACAGUGCAAUUUGUCUACAAUUUUCUUCAUCGGAAAACUGACAAUGUAUAUAUUUUUUUCAAAAUGACUGUCCCAUAAAUUGUCACUUUCACAUUAAAGGUGAAUGUUUGUGGGCAAAAAAGUGGUGAGUGCCCCCCCCCAAACACACACGCGCGUGCACACAGCUUUUUUUUUUUUUAAUCAUCUGCAAAAGGGGGUGGCACGGUGGUGUAGUGGUUAGCGCUGUCGCCUCACAGCAAGAAGGUCCGGGUUCGAGCCCCGUGGCCGGUGAGGGCCCUUCUGUGCGGAGUUUGCAUGUUCUCCCCGUGUCCGCGUGGGUUUCCUCCGGGUGCUCCGGUUUCCCCCACAGUCCAAAGACAUGCAGGUUAGGU